GGGACUGAUGGCGGAAAGGGACUUGGUUGCUGAGUUUCCUCGGCCCGCGGGUGCUGCGCGCUGGGCCGAGGUUAUGGCCCGCUUUGCGGCCAGACUGGGCGCGCAGGGCCGCCGGGUGGUGUUGGUCACGUCAGGCGGCACCAAGGUCCCGUUGGAAGCGCGGCCAGUCCGCUUUUUGGACAACUUCAGCAGCGGGCGGCGCGGUGCAACCUCGGCCGAGGCCUUCCUGGCUGCGGGCUACGGGGUCCUGUUCCUGUACCGCGCCCGCUCCGCCUUCCCCUUCGCCCACCGCUUCCCGCCCCAGACCUGGCUGGCGGCCCUGAGGCCUUCCGGCCCGGCGCAUUCGGGCUUGCUGAGCCUGGAAGCCGAGGAGAACGCGCUGCCCGGCUUCGCCGCGGCUCUGCGGAGCUACCAGGAGGCAGCGGCUGCCGGCACCUUUCUGGCGGUGGAGUUCACCACCUUGGCAGACUACCUGCACCUGCUUCAGGCGGCGGCGCAGGCGCUCAACCCGCUCGGCUCGUCCGCGAUGUUUUACCUGGCUGCGGCCGUGUCCGAUUUCUAUGUUCCUGUCUCUGAAAUGCCUGAACACAAGAUCCAGUCAUCUGCGGGCGCACUGCAGAUAACAAUGAAGAUGGUGCCAAAAAUGCUUUCUCCUUUGGUUAAAGAUUGGGCCCCCAAAGCAUUUAUUAUUUCCUUUAAGUUGGAGACUGACCCCUCCAUCGUAAUUAAUCGUGCUCGGAACGCUUUGGAAGUUUACCGGCAUCAAGUGGUGGUGGCUAAUAUCCUUGAGUCACUACAGUCCUUUGUGGUUAUUGUAACCAAAGACUCGGAAACCAAAUUGUUCCUAUCAGAGGAAGAAGUAGAAAAAGGCAUAGCGAUAGAAGAGAAGAUAGUGGAUAACCUUCAGGCUCGACACACAGCUUUUUUAAAUGACAAAAACUGACAUGAAAAGCCCUUAGAGGAUCAAAAAUUGUUCAGUGGACCAGGGCUCUUGCAGAUGGUGAGAACCAGAAUCAGCCCUCUGUUUUCACAAGGGCAGGGGAAAUGAAAGGAAAGGGAAAGCAGUGGUGUGCAGGCAAAUAUGAUUUGGCGUUUGUCUUUUAAUGAUGGAACCACCUGACACACUCAGUUGAAUAUUGUCUUGACUUUGAAAUCGAACACUAGACCUAUUUCUCACCUUUUAUAAAAGGAGCAUAUGGGAAUUAUAUAUUCCUCAGAAUAUACAUGGGGGCCGCAAUGGCAGCCUUCUCCGUACUAUAAAAAGGGGAUUAUGGUGCAUGAAUGGUCAUGCUUUCUUUGAAGAUCAAGCAUUUGUUGAGUGCCUAUUAUGCCAGGCCCUAUGUUAAGCUAUGGUGAUUAAAAAGAUGAGCAAACAUGUCUUGUUUGAGAAAUGGAUGUAUAAAAAAUUAUGUGCAAUAAAGUCUGUGCCCAAAAGCCUG